GACGUGGGUUUCAAACCAGUCGCGUACCAACCCACCGCGUACUUCCGACGCGGGUAACUACUGCACUCGGUGUCUCACGCGAACAUGUCAAUAGAAAUUUACAUAUCGAUGGCGUAGCGCACAAGUGUGAUAAGUGACAUUUCCGCUAUUUUACAAGAACGUCGUUUUAAAGUUUGUAUAACUGUAUUAAUUCAAAAACUCAAAUUUGCCGUAAUAAUAUUAAUAUAAUAACAUAGUAACAUUUUUUAGAUUCACGUAUAUUCGACAUAUUAUGUAUAAGUGUGUACCUAAAUUAUUUUAAAUUCGUUUAUAUGUGUUUAGGUGACUGAAAUCAAUGAUGUUCGCGACAAAAUGUUGUCUGGGAUGUCUAGACCCGCGAUAUGGUGCCCGGGUAGUGGCCGUGUUCGACUUUGUGAGUACACGUUGUUUUUGAUUGAUUUUUUUGUUUUUUGAAACUGAUUCCCGAAAACUCGAAAAACUAAAUGAUUAUCUGACUAUCCGAUUAUGAAUUAUAAUAUCUGUAGCUUGGUGUAAUAAGGGCCAAAGUCAAAAACAAAAAAAUGCAUUACAAUAUUUAUGGACAUAACGUUAGAUUUUUAAAAAUCGUCUUCUCUUUCGCCUUCAUCCCAACUAUUUUAUGUCGACCACCCACGGCCUAAGCUUUCAGUUGACCUGAUAUCUCAUCUCACGUAUGGUCCUUAUAUCAUUCUCAAUUACAUCCAACCACCCUGUUUUUUUUUUUGGUCUUUGGCUACUCAUUCAUUCUACGUUUAUUUUCAUUAGGCAGGGCGAGCGUGUCCCGAGACCCGAACUCUGUGCCUUUCACUACAGUCGGCGGGCCCCGCGUGGCCGCGUUUUAUAAAAAAUAUAAUAAAAAAUUAUAGUUAAUAAUGUCGAUAAUAAACGACUGCUAACUGAAUUUAGUUCUUGUAAGCAAAUUUGAGUCCGUUGAAAAAACGGAGUGAAUAUGGGAAAAUGUGUGAAAUGUAGAUAUUAGUAAAACAAUAUUAGGGCUUUUUUUUACCUAUGAACAACUUUUCUACUAGCAAGUUUGCUCAGAUUUACCACAAUAGCACUUUUUCUGAAAAAAAAAUCUGCCUGGGUGGUUCUUUAAGGAGGUUAUUUUUUUAUUUUCCUAGCUGUUUUCAUAAUAAAUAAGAAAAAAACACGAGAAAAAAUGUAGAAAUAACGGGAAAAUUGGUACAAUGUUAAAUAAAUAUUUUUAAAGAAAAUAUUUAAUGCCUAUGUAAUUAUUUUACCAUAAUAUGACAUAUAUUGUUGACAAAUCACUUUUCAAUUUUGAAUCUUCAAGUAAUCACAGCUUAAUAUUAAUGAUAAAUGAUCUCAUCAAAUAAAAUGAAAAUUAAAAUAACUGUUUUGUUCAUAGAAGACCUACCUAUAAUUUGUAUAACUUGUACAUUAACUUUAUUGAGUUGUUUUGAAUACAUUGGUUCAUUGAUAACUUUUAAAAUAUAUAGGUAUUAUGAAUAAUAUAUAUCAAUUUUUUGUUUUUUCAGUGGAUUGGUGUGAUACUUCUUAUCAAAUUCCUUUCGUUACUAAAUCCAUUUUAUGGUAAGUGCAUGAGUGAGUUUGAUGGAAAAUAAUGUUCUUUCAAAAAUAAAUAAUAUGUUACUUAUCAGCUAUCAUAUAUUUUCGUGGUACCUACCUAAAUACGUUUGGUGAGACUAUUUCAAUUAUAAUAAAGUUGAAUAUGAUUUUAUAAUAUUAGAGUUCAAAAUCCAAAAUUCAAAUCUAGAUUUUAUUUACAAAAUAUUUUUGAAAAGACAACUAUUUACAAAAAUAUCUAAAAAAUUUUCCAUUUUUUCAAGGCCCCAUCCGUAAUAGAUGUACAGGUACUCAGUGAAUAAAACCGUUAUAAUAUUACGACUCAUAAUAAACGCCUUUCAAAAUAUGUAGAAAUAAACUUCGCUCUUAAUCGUUUUUCGUCAGUCUUGGUUUAUCUUUGCGUACAGAUAUAAAUUAAUUUCCCCUCAAUAUCCUACCUUCCCAACUUCUCACCUACAACAGUGGCUGCACCCGUCCCCAUUAUCUUAUCUUUUUUUUUUUCUUGGAUGUCAAUUUAAAUAAUCAAUUGUCGAAAAAUUAAUCUAAUUUGCGUUACUUAAAUAUUUCGCCCACCCAUCUUUCUUGCGAAAUAUGUCUCUAUAAUCAUUAUAUUUCCCGAACCCGAUAAACCGAUUAAACUUCCCUCUUCAUACCACUCUAUCAGCUUGUUAUUUGUUUUUCAAAGCUCUGUGAGAAGCUUUUCCUUAAACUUAAACGUAUUAUGUAUACUCAUUGACAAGCAGAAAACCCCCAACUCACAGUUUGGACUCCGCAACUUUCAUUCGACUGUCCACCAAAGCCAUCGAUUAGUCAUACUGGAAUUUAUUUCGUACUGGGGGAAAAAUUAUACUACCCUGCAGUAUAAUGCAGUUAAUGCAGUAAAUGUAGUAUAUUGCAUUCGGAUGCUUGAAUUCGUAGAAAAGCUGAAAUUUUUAUUUCUUCCUCCUUACGAUUUAUUCCUCAAGCCAUGUCUUGAAAAUCGUCAUUUCGUUUCAGAAGUGGGUGUCGAAAUUGUUACUGUUUCACUAAUUCUCGCCAGAGUUCUUAAAAGAGUUAUUCUUUUGUCUGUUUUUUUAAAAAUAUUUCUUCAACUGACAAACCUAUUUCUCCGGGUACACCCGUAACCGAAUACGUUGAUGGCAAGGCAUAUUAAUCUCCCAUAAUGAUCCAGUUGUAGUCACCAAUAUCCUCCAAAACCACCUUAAUCUAUUGAACGCUUAGUAAACCAAUUGGAUAAUUAAAAUUAAUACCUCCGAAUCAGUCAACGUGACGUUUACCCUUUCGCAAAGGUAUCUUUUCUCUCGUUUUCUUUAAAAACUUCAUUAUUCCCUCUGCUUCUAACGUCUAUUACUUAGGUAUGUUCUUGAACAAGCGGCUCACUUAGAAACACUAUAUCAAAAUCAAAUGUUCUCGCUCAACAAUAUACGUAGGUGCCUCCAUUUCCUUCUUAACAAGAAGUCACGGCUUUGCCUUAAUAGCAAAUUGCUUUUGUAAAACACUGGUAGCCCCAUCUGGGCUUACGGUAUUCAGUUGUAGGAGGCUGCCAAAUAAAUGGUAAGGAGUAAUCGAAGGUAUACUUAUAGCGCUUUUUAUUUUAUACCAAAUAAUAAUUCGAAUAACGUAAACAUCAAUUUUAUUCAAUCCGUCACAAGACUUAUUAUUGCUAAUUCCGUUAUAGCGUCUGGAUGAUGAUUCAUUACUACUUUCCUGGAUGCCGGUUUUUCAGAUUUUCUCCAAUUUUGAAAAUUUUUAAUAUGAUGUAUACAAUUUAAAUUAGUAUUUUAAAGAUACGAAUUUAUUCAUUGGUCUACUACCGGGGAAACGUGGCCGUUUUUACUAACAAAAGGUUAAAUUAAAAUUAGAUAGGCGUGAGCCUAGUCGGCCUAUCUGUAAAAAUUCGUUACUUGAUUAAUUAUAUAUUAAAUGUACUAAUUUGAAUUUAAAUUUGUUAAACAAUUUUAAAUAAAAAAAAACAACUUUUUUGCAAUUUAAUAUAUCCAAUAAAAACAACAAAAUUCUUUUAAUUUUUUUAAAAUAGUUCGUUAAUUAUCAUAUCACUAGAAAUAAAAUCACUAGCAUCCGGUUACACAAGGUAAGGCUUGGGUUGUUAUUCAAAUUCCGAUAUAAUAUAUAAAUUAUGUAGAUAAAUAUUUCCGUAAUACAAAUGGAAAAGAUUAAAACCAAAUUGAUUAAUUUUGUCUUUACUAUUUGUGGAUAUUAUAUUGAAGUGGUUUUAAAUUACAUCGUUUUGCAUUUUAUGUUAUUUUUUGUUUUUCGAUAUUUUAUUUCUUUUAUUUUACGUUCACCGUUUAAUAAAGUUUCAAAAUUCAAUCACUUUUUGUGAAGUAUAAUGUUUUAAUCAUUAUUAUAACGUUUGCAAACUCUGUUUAUUAGUUUUAUAUACAUUUUAAGAGUAUUUUUAUUCAGAUUUUCAUAGUUCACUUUUAAAAUAUUUUGUCCUACUUUAGAUACAAAUUUUAAAAUGAUAUACUGAUCCGUUUUGUCCCCGGGAACAAAUUGAUCAAAUGGGAACUUUGAUCGAUUUAAAAAAAAAUGUUUUUUUCAAAACUAAUGAAAUAGUCCAGUUACCAUAAAAAUAGGUUUAUUAAUUUCACUGUAUUGAUUAUAAUUAUUUGUCGCGAAAAAUUUUAUUGAUAUGAAAAAUAGAUAGGUAGGUACUUAAUGAUUCAUAGUAUUCUAAAUUCACUGUAACUUGUUGAAAGCUGAACGAUUUAUCCAAAUCUCAAUUCUCCUUAUCUUGUAGUAUCACACGUUAUUAAUUUAAAUUAAUAAGUAUAUUUUAAGUAUUUUACAACACCGAUGUAUGUGCUACACUAUAGUGCAUAUAUACCACCAUAAUUUAAAAAUUGGAGAUGUUAUUAAAAAAAGAAAGAAGUUUGGUGUGAAAACAAGAGAGAAAAAUGAUUCUUGUAUUAAUUUGGUAAUUUUUGAAUACAAAUUAGAUUUUCGAAAAAAAAAAAACAUCUGCAGAGUAAACUUAACGAAAAAAAUUUACCAAUAAAAAUCGAAAAUUAAGAUUUCUGGCAGAAAAGUAAAUUACUGACAAAAAAAAUACCAAACAAAAAACAGUAUAAUAAAACCAAUACAGCAAUACAUUCCUCGCAGCAUGUUGCUCAUAGCAGGACAACUGUUUUAGAUGGAAAUUUGAGAGGGUGUAUAUAAUAUACGGGGUGAUCUAUCGUAAGACACUUUUUAUCUCGUAAAAUGUUAACUUUUUUCGAAAUUUGUCUUUAAAAACAAUUAAGAAACAAGCUGUUCUAAAAUUUUACAUUUACAUUAUUUCCUGUGACCCUAAUUUUUUGGGGGGAAACGAUUACCUACUUUUAAUUUUCAAAUGGCAACUUAUAUUAAAAAUUCCAUAAAUUGAUGGAGUAGCAGUUAAAAUAAAUUUUGGUUGUUAACUUCAUAAUUUCCGUCAAUCCGUUGAUGAGAUAUUCCACUUUUGAGUUUUUGUGUCUGGGGAAAGUGAAUGAAACAUCAUUUGUGUGGCGAUACAGCGCGCGAUGUUUUAAGAAUGUACCACUACUCUUCCCUGACACAAACUUAAAAGUAGAAUAUCUCUUUAACGGAUAAUGUAUAGAGGGAAUUUAAUCCACGUACUGUGGAUUAAAUAAUUAUAAUAAUAAUAAUUUCAAAGAAAAACCGAUUUUGAGCGAAGUUCGGUUAACCAUUUGUUGAUAAAUUGAAAAAAGAUGUUAAUUUCUAAUAUAUAAAUAUGAAUAAAAAAAUUCAAAUUAUUAAUGUUUUUAAUGAAUUUUAUCAUACAAUGUGCUAAACUUGCUAAAAUAGUAUCAUCUAAUUGAACUUAAAAGUAAAGAAACAAGGACAAUUUAAUAUCUUAUGGGAAAAUAUCGUCCUGUAUAUUAGAACAGUGUUUCAAUUUAAUCGUAUUAAUAUUUUUUUUUUUUUUUAGACUAUGAAUUUUACAUUUACAACACACGCAUGGAACAGAUACCAUAUGAUUUUACUGUGUUCACAUAUUUGUUUCAAAUAUUUUUAUUUCUUUGCAUCAAUUUCUAUCUAAACGAAUCUACAUACGAUGUAAGUUAAUUUUUAAAUAUGUAUAUUUGUAAUUAUUGUUUUUUAGUAAAUCUCAGGCUCGUCUCUGAGGGGAAGGUGAAUGGGACGACGCUCCUUCAUCCCUUCCCUGUGCGCUGUAUGAGGUUCAAUAUUUGUAUCACAGAAUAUCUUUUAUCAAUAAUUCUUAAAUCCUAAUUUCGAAAAUAAAAAAUUCUAAUCAAAUAUUUUAAUAUUUAGCCUCUUCCCCAUGGAAUUGAUUUGAAGACAACCCUGGUGUAUCUGUCAUACAUACUUAUAUACGUUACGGUGAAAGACGUAAAUGUGGUAAAAGACGUCAUUGACCGGGAAAUGACGUACCUAAUUUCCCUGAACAUUUUCCUUGGUAAAUGUUGUAAUUGUAGAAAUUUCUAGGUUAUUGACGUUAAUUACCAAGUUUUUUGAUUAAUGUUGUUAUAUGUAUGUAAUAUAUUUUUUGUAUAAAUAUUUUGUUUUUGUUUAUUAGUGAAAUAUUAUCAUUAUUAUUGAAAAAUUAUUUAUUUGUGCAGUUAGUACUGCUGUGACGUUUUGAAUUGUACAACAUUGCAGACGCAUAGCAAACACACUUUUUUAAUGCUACAACCAUUUUUGCAUGCAUUGUAUGUGGUUCAAACAUUUAAACAGGUACUUAUUAUUUCAUUUAAUAAAUUAAAUUCAAAUUGUAUUUCAUAAUUUAUACAUGACAUCUUGCGUGUUGAAACGUUAAUACACAAGAGCCCGAAUUUCUUCGUGUAAUGAGAAAUUCAUAGACUUCGAUGAAGCAACGGAAAAAAUUAAAAAAAAAAAAAGGAAAUAACUAUUAUUGAAUCCGCAGGAUAGGGAGUACCUGUACAUCAAGUGUACACAAAACGUAACUGGAAAAGUGGUUGUGGCACUAAAAAAAGUGCUUGCUAUGCAGCUGAAAUGUUGAGCAAUUCAAAAUAUCACAAACAGGACUAAGUGUAAAAAUAAAUAAUUUAUAAUAACAAUGGCAAUAUUUUACUAAUAAACGAAAACAGAUUAUUUAAAAAAAAAAAAAAAGCGAUUAUAUUGAUUCUAUAACCAUCAUUAACUAACAAAUGUGAUAAACGACUACGUUAUUAACCGGUGGAUGAUAUGAAUUCGAGUUUAAAACGCAGUUUUUUUUACAAUAUUUACCUACAUAAUUGAAUAUUUCGAUAAAUUACGACAUCGACCGGGAAAUUACGUCAAUUGCCAUUUGAAGUCUUUCAUCGUAACAUAAACAUACAUUGUAUGAUACAAAAUUGAACAUGUAUGUCAGCUAUUAUACUUGAUGAUAUUUUUUCUCUAAUUAUCCGCAGAUAUAGAUUAUACAUAUAAUUUGUGUACCAUAAAACUUGUUUAGCUAUUAUGUGUUAUCUGUUUAGUGAUUGAAACAAUCCAAUUAGACAAUGCGUACAAAUUAAAUAUCAAUUCUAAAUAAAUAACCGCAGUGUAUUUGUUUGGGGUGGAAGUGGGGAUGUCGGUGCCCUGACAAUAUUCUCGCUUAGAUAUUACCGUAUCAUAAACUCUUUGCCUCGCUACACAUUCAUCUAAAUCGGAGGGAACUUCCGGGAUACCCCUAAUCCCAAAUACGUCAAUGUACAGGCGAAUAAUAUGAUGUGUCAAUAGUAUUUUUACCUGUAUUUGUUUUUUUUCAACAUUAUUGAACAUGUUUUAAUAUUGUAAAACAAAACAAUUUUCAGUACAAGGUUCAUAAAAUCUAUCAGUGGUUAGCGCUCAACAUGAUAUUCCUAACGUUCCAUAUUCUGGCUGUCACUUAUAUUACGAUCAAGAAUAAUGAUUGUUUAGAGAUACUUUAUUACUCCAUACCUAUAUGCGGUACGUAUACCUACAUCAAAUACACAGGUACAAUAAAUAUAAACCGAAAAUAAGCCUUGAAAAUAGAUCGUUUGUCAAGUGAUUAUUGUAAAUAAUACCUAUAUUGUUAAAUGUAUACGUAGUAAUAUGACUACUUGCGAUUGAGUGUCUAUUAAGUAAAUAAUCUAGUGAGUGCCUGUGUGUCUGUGUGUGUGUGUGAGAGAGAGAGAGAGAGUGUGUGUGUGUACUGUGUGUAAGUGCGUACAGUGUGAGUUGGUAGUUUUUUUAACACCAAAUAAUUCGAAUAACGUAAACAUUAAUUCAAUCCAUCAUAAAACUAAACAUUACAAUGUUUACAAUAAUGAUCCACUAUUGCCUAUUCCGUUACAGUGUCUGCAUGAUGAUUCACUGCUACUUUCCUACCAGCAAAAUAAGAAUCUCACCAAUAAAACGGGUCGAUGUAAAUUAAAAAUAUCAUCACCAAUUUACAACUACUAACAUGGUGUAUUUAAAAAUUUAUUUAUCGAUUUAUUAAAGGGCCCGUUGCCGGUUUUUCAAAUUUUUUCCAAUUUAAAAAAAAAAUUUAAAAACUAUGUACACAAUUUCAAUUACCACCUUGAAGAAAAGAUUUUUUCACUGAUCUACUACCCGAUAGUCAUUUAGAGAGAUGGGGUGUGGCUGCUUUUACUGACAAAAAUAGCUUUACGGGAAUGACGAUAACUCAUUGUUAACAUAAUAUUUGUCUGGCAUUUAGUUUUUAUUGAUUGUAAACAACAUUCUACAAUUCAACAAUAUUCUACAAUUCGCACUGAAUUUUGAUUUACAAUAAUGGUAAAAGUAGUUAGUAAGAAAAAAAAAAAUGGAAAAUUGACAUUUUUUCAAAGACAUCCUAUAGAGUUUAUAAUAAAAACAUUGAAAAACAGAGUUAAAUGUGAGCUGUAUAACGUCAUCAUCUUUCCGACUAUAAAAACAAUCAUUGAAUUCGGACCCCUCUGCUAGACACGAUUUUUUCCCGUAAUGCAUGUUUUUGUAUCAAAAGGCGCGCCCGGGCCUCUUAAUAAAAAUCACCACUCGAAAGUCAAAAGUUGUCAGUGGAUUCAUCGUCAAAAAUAAAUACGAAUAGGGUAGUAUACAAUUUGUAACGUUAUUGCGGUCAUCUUAAAAUUUCGCGGUUUUUCAGACAAAAAGGAAUAUCGUGUGUCGAUAAUACUAUAAUUAAUCAACUAUACAAUAAUAAUGUUAUAAUUGUAGUGACCCACGUGUGUCAGAUACACGUGGUCAAGUGCUUUUACGACAAUCGGAUGCACUUUGAGGGCCCGACACUGUGCUCGUCGCACGCAUCACAGACGGCCAACGGCGAUGGCCGAGGAGGCUGCGGCAACGAUGCCGGCACGAUGGCCGUAGCGACGUCACCGCCGAUGUCUCCACCGCCGGCCUACCGCAUCCAGCAGCGAGUCACGGUCGAAGCAGCCGCCGCGGCACAGUGUCGUCCGUAUACGCAUACGACGACGGAAUUUCAGCCGCCCGCUCUACCGGAGCAAUUAUCACGCAUUCCGGAUGAAUAUUACGCGAAUCCUCCAGCGUACUCGCCGAAUUACACUGGCCCGUCCGACAGUCGACCGAUAUGAAAUUGAUAAUAUUGUAUUUUUUUUAAUUUGUUAUUUUAUAGUCUAACGAAAUCGGUAUAAUAUUAUAGACGCACCUCUAUAAUAUAAACGCGAGAAAGUUCCGCACACGUUAAAUACAAAUGAUAUUACCCAAUAAGAUUAUGUUAUAAAAAAGACGUCCGUUAAUUUGUAUUGAUCUCGUAUGACGGAUGCCGGACUGAGAAGUAAAAAUUACCAGGUCUGAGAUAUGCUUUUGAGUGGCCUGAUUUUCAAUUGAGUAAUAUUAUCCUUAAAUCAUUUGAAUAACACGGGGGGUUUUUUUUUUUUUUUUAGUCAGAUUACAAAUAGCAAAAUAGGUUUCACUAAAUUAGAAAAAAUUAAAAAAAACUCAAUCGAUUGAUACAAUCCUUAAAUCAUUUAAUAUAUUUUCGACCUCCGCCGUGAAUAGCGUCUAAAUUCAUAAUUAUUAUUGAUAAACAUCAUUAUUACCCCGUUUUCUAUACUAGGUAUCAUUUAUUAUGAUUUCGUUAUUUUAUUACAUAGUUUUUAGUAUUUUAUGACAUAAGUAUAAUAUUAUAAGUAUUUUUAUCAGUCAUAAAACAUAAAAUUUAUCGUGGCCCACUGAACUUUACUCGGUUACUCGUCGGUGCAGUCAAAUCCCGCGUAUAAAUUGAAAGAGCUGAUACUGUUGACGGUUAGUAAAAGGAGGAGUGCCGACAGGUGAAUCAUCCCACUCCGUCCCAUAAGCUGUGUUUCUUUACAAUUUUAUGUUUAUUUUUUAUUGAUGUUAACAACUAAGGAAAAAGUAAGUACGUUUUAGGCUGGGGCUGUUUGAAGAUUGAGAUCAGUCCGGUGUUAGUACGAUAGGUAAGCGAUAAGUACUGAUGCGGAAAAUAUCGCUAUGCCGUGUGCAGGUUCAUACCAUGCCCCCUGCGCGUUUAUAUAAACGUGAAUACCUAUAUGAACAUUGCCAUUAAUAUUGUAUUAAUAUGAUAUUCAAUAUUUCAAUUAAUAAUUACGACUUUCAAUUGUAUUAUUUAUAUUGAGUUGUAUGCGAUAUGGAUUAAAUAUGUUAUUAAUUUAUUAAUUUUAUUUUUAUUAUCUUUUAAGUUUAAAUAUGACAUAUACAUGUAGGGUAAUUUAGAUUAUGUCUGUAAACAACGAUAAACAAUUGCUAACCAAAAACGAUUCUGUUUAAAGUUCGGUUAAACAUGAUUUGAUAAACACAAAUAUU